AUGAAAGUCGGAAAAGCCAAAAAGAAACCGGAAAUCUUCUCUGCGCAUUGUUCUGUGGCCACGGCCUUCCUGGACCCGUCCUUCUUUUACCCGAACUUUGUCGCCCAAAAGGCAUCUCAUUAUAAUGACAAAACUGGAUCUGCAAAUAUUUGGACAUAUAUCUCCAGAACGGGCUCACUUCUCCUCUUCACCCAGGUGGUAUAUAGGAAGAGUAAGUGGACGCAUCAGUCCGCGACAUUUGCGGACUGUAUAUAUUGCCAGUCAGGGCAGUCGCCAAGUGUGUCUCUUUCGUGUAGCGACGCACGUCAGACAUGGAUGCAACAUCGAGGAUGGAGCAGCCUGAUGUCUUUGUAA